CGCCUUACAGCAGAUGAAAUGGAUGAGAAACGGCGUCAGAACAUCGCCUACCAGUACCUGUGUCAUCUAGAGGAAGCCAAGCGCUGGAUGGAGGCCUGCCUGAGGGAGGACCUGGUCUCGCCGACGGAGCUGGAGGAGAGUCUGCGGAACGGCGUCAUCCUGGCCAAGCUUGGGCACUUCUUCGCACCAGACGUAUGUCCCUUGAGGAAGAUCUAUGAUCUCGAUCAGGCCCGGUUCAAGGCGUGUGGGCUGCACUUCCGUCACACGGACAACAUCAACCGAUGGCGAGACGCUAUGAGCCGCGUCGGAUUACCCACGAUCUUUCAUCCGGAGACAACGGACAUCUACGACAAGAAGAACAUGCCCCGGGUGGUUUACUGCAUCCAUGCUUUAAGUUUAUACCUGUUCAAACUUGGGUUGGCUCCCCAGAUCCAGGAUUUGUAUGGGAAAGUCAACUUCACAGAUGAAGAAAUAAACCAUAUGAAAUGUGAGCUGGAGAAAUACGGCCUGCAGCUUCCAUCAUUCAGCAAGAUUGGUGGGAUCCUUGCUAACGAGCUCUCAGUGGAUGAGGCUUCAGUCCAUGCAGCCAUCCUGGCCAUCAACAAAGCGGUGGAGACGGGGAUCGUGGCGCAAACCCUGGUGGCCUUGCGCAACCCCAACGCCAUGCUGUCCAACCUCCGGGAGCGUCUUGGGGCUGUCUACCAGGAGGUGCUCCACCAGGCCAAGGUGGAGAAAGCCCAAAACGCCAGGAACCGACACCUGCAAGAAGUUCCUGGCGGUGAAGACAUUUACAACCAGUGUCUGACCCAGGCUGAGAUUCAAGGCAGCAUCAACAAGGUGAACGAGAAAGGUGCUCUAGAGUCGGUGGAUGAUGCCCUCGAAGAACAGGACCCCCAGGGCUUGUUCUGCGCCUUGCAGGAUCCUGCCCUGGCCUUGAGGAACCUGCGGCGAGAGAAUGCAGACUGGUACCUGGAUCAGCUGAGUACUGACCGGGAGCAGAAAGCGCUGGAGCUGGGCUACAUCGACUUGCUCGAGCAAGAGGAAAUCCAAGCUGGACUUUUUGCGGCCAACGAGAGAGGAGAUCAAGAACGUGCCGUGGCGCUAGCUGUGAGCCACAUCAACGCCUCCAUCCGGAGAGGGGUAGCGGAGGAGACCGUGCGAGCCCUCACUAACCCUGAGGCUCAGCUGCCGGACGCCUUCCCCUUUGCCGCCGAGCUCUACCAGCGAGAACUGCACGCUCUUCAGCGGCAGCAUCCACAGGGUGAGCUGGUCCAAGAGGAGCUCUUUGUUGCCGUGGAGAUGCUGUCUGCCGUGGCGCUGGUCAACCAAGCCCUGGAGGAUGGAGAUGUUUGCGGCUUCUGGAGGAGCCUGGCCAGUCCUGGGUUGGGCCUGCCGGAGAUAGAGGAGAGCGGUGCACAGCGUUACUUUGAUGACUUGUCAAAGCAAAAGAACCGAUCUCGGGAGGUGAGGAACGACUUCCUGAGCUGGAACGACAUCCAGGCUUCCGUGCGCCGUGUGAACGUCUCGGUCGAAGAAGAAAAUGAGAAAAUCCUCGCUGUCCGACUGAUCAACGAGGCUCUGCAGCAGGAAAGCCCCGAGAAAACCCUCCGCGCGCUCUUGCUGCCGUCUGCCAACUUCCAUGAUGUGGCGCUCCCCAUUGCUAAGCGUUACCAUGACGUAUUGACCAGGAUGCUGAGACGGAAAGCCCAGGUGACUGGGGACGCUGGAGCCAUGCUGUGGUGGGAGGAGAUCCAGGAGGGCGUCUCCGUGGCCAACCAAGAUGAUGAAGCGGCAAAGAGAAUGGCCCUUGGAAUCGCGGCCAUUAACCAGGCCAUCAAGGAAGGGAACCCGGCACAAACGGUCAGAGUCCUGCGCAAUCCAGAUGUGGGCCUCUGUGGCGUGGUGGCGGAGUGUGCUGGGGCUUACCAAGCACAGCUGGGGGCCGUUAUGGCGGCCCGAAAACCCCCAGGGCACUCAAAAAUGCCCUGGGUCCAGCACACGCUGAGAGAUGGGAUGGGCUAUUUCUUCAGCCUGCAGACAUUUGAAGGCUCGUGGGACCGGCCUCGUCCCUGCGCCCUUAAUAUGACGCACCUCAGCCGGGAGGAAAUCCAGGCCACCAUCGCUGGAGUGACGGUUGCCCAUGAUCGGCGGCGCCUGUGGGAAUCCAGUGCCCGGCUGGUCACCCGACUGCAGGCCCGGAUGAGGGGCUUCCUCGUCCGCCAGGAGUUUGCAGCCCGGCGGCACCUGUUGUCAAGGCAGGUGCCAGCUGCUAUCAAAAUCCAGGCCUACUGGCGUGGAUACCGUCAGCGGAGAAGUUACCUGGAAAGGCUGAGGCAUUUGAAGGAGAACACGGGCGCCAUUGUCAAGAUCCAAGCGUGGGUGCGGUCGCGGCGUGCGCGCAAGCAGUACCUCGAGCGGCUGCGCUACUUCAAGAAGAAUGUUAAGGCUGUAAUUAAAAUCCAGGCGUUUGUGCGAGCUAAUAAAGCCCGGGAGGAUUACAGGCUGCUGGUGCACAGUGAGAACCCUCCGCUCAGCAUUGUCCGUUGCUUCGCCCACCUGCUGGAACGGAGUCAGCGAGACUACUGGGAGGAGCUGGAGCUGCUGGAGCUCCAGGAGAGUGUGGUGAGGGGAAUCCGCUGCAACCAGCAGCUGGAGAGCGACCUCAGCCUCAUGGACAUCAAGAUCGGCUUGCUGGUCAAGAACCGGAUCACCCUCCAGGAGGUUGUCUCUCACUGUAAGAAGCUAACUAAGAAGAACAAGCAGCAGCUCUCUGACAUGAUGGGCAGGAGCAAGGAGAAGGGACUGAAGGCGCUCAGCAAGGAGAAGCGGAGGACCCUGGAGGCCUAUCAGCAUCUCUUCUACCAACUGCAGACCCACCCGGUGUAUUUGUCCAGGCUGAUCAUGCAGAUGCCGCAGAACAAGUCCACAAAGUUCAUGGAGUCGGUGGUCUUCACCCUCUACAAUUACGCCUCCAACUCCAGAGAGGCCUACCUCUUGCUCCAGCUCUUCAAAAGCGCCCUGCAAGAGGAGAUUGAGUCCAAGGUCAGCCAAAUCCGUGACAUCCUAACGGGGAAUCCAACGGUGAUCCGCUUGGUGGUGAGCUUCUACCGCAACGCCCGUGGCCAGAACGCCUUGCGUCAGAUCCUGGAGGGUCCCGUACAGGAGGUUCUGCAGAACAAGACUCUGAGCAUUCGCACCAGCCCUGUGGAGAUAUACAGGGGGUGGAUCAACCAGCUGGAGUCCCAGAGUGGGCAGAAAAGCAACCUCCCGUACAACGUCAGCCCCGAACAAGCCCUUGGUCACCCAGAGGUCCAGAGGCGGUUGGACAUCUCCAUCCGUAAUCUCCUGGCGGUGACAGAACGGUUCCUCUCGGCCAUUACAUCUUCCGUGGACAAAAUUCCUUAUGGGAUGCGCUACAUUGCCAAAGUCUUGAAGGUGUCCUUAACCGAGAAGUUUCCAAACGCUGCCGAGGAGGAGAUCGACAAGAUCGUGGGGAACCUCCUCUACUACCGUUUCAUGAACCCGGCUGUCGUGGCUCCAGACGGCUUUGACAUUGUGGACCUCUCCGCCGGGGUGGCGCUGCACCCGGACCACCGGCGCAACCUGGGCUCCAUUGCCAAGAUCCUGCAGCAUGCUGCUGCCAACCAGCUGUUCGAAGGGGAAAAUGCCCACUUGAGGGUGGUAAACCAGUACCUGGAGGAAACGCACCGUACGUUCAGAAAAUUCAUCAGUGCGGCCUGUUCUGUGCCUGAGCCAGAGGACAGGUUUAACGUGGACAAGUAUUCCGAAAUGGUGGCCAUCACCAAACCAGUGGUCUACAUAACAGUUGGAGAGCUACUUAACACACACAAGCUGCUCCUGGAGCACCAGCGCUCUGUGGCUCCUGAUCCUCGAGACCCUUUACACGGACUUUUGGAGGACCUUGGAGAGUUGCCCACCGCCCACUCCUUAAUAGGCGAAGGCGAGGCACGUGGCGCAAAUGGCAAUUGGGAGCAGACUCUGCCUCAGCUGGCCAAGAUGGAGGUCUCUCUCACCCUGAGCAGCAAAUUCGACGUGGCCGAGGAAGACGUUGAUGAUGGGGGGAAGGACACGAAAAGCUUGUGGCUGAGUACCAAGCAGAUGCUAGUGGAUGUGAUCCAGUCCCAGCCUGGAGAUUCCCUUGUGGAGAUACUGCAGACAAAAGCAUCAGACGACCAGGAAACCUUCCACCACUGCCUCAUGAAGAGAAGGGCCUUCUGCAGCGCCCAGGUCCCAGACAAGGUGAGGUACAACCGCUCCCUGGCCGCCGCCACCGACGGGCACCUUUCUUUAGAGGAGAAGAAGAGGAAAAUCAUCAAGAACCUGCGGCGUCUCGAGAGCCUGGGCUUGGUCGACUCGGCUGACCAGUAUCAGGACGUCAUCAAUGAGAUGGCCAAGGACAUCCGCCAUCAGCGGCAGCACCGGCAGCAUCGCAAGGGGGAGCUGGCGAGGCUGCACCAGGCCUUGCACGGCCUCAGCGCCAAGAGGCUGUUCCACGAGGAGCAGGUCGACUACUACAACCAGUACAUCCAGACGUGCCUGGACAACCUGGCUGCCCGAAACAAGCCCAGCAAGAAACAGGCAACUUUGCAUUACACGGCGGCCCGUCUCUUUGAGAAGGGCGUUUUGCUGGAGAUCGAAGACCUCCCCGUCAGCCAACUCAGAAAUGUCGUCUUUGAAAUUGCUCCGUACGGGGAAGCUGGCAAGUUCCAGGUUAAGGCGAAGUUCAUGGGAGUCGAUAUGGAGAAGUUUCAGCUCCACUUCCAGGACCUCCUCCAGCUCCAGUACGAGGGCGUGGCCGUCAUGAAAAUGUUUGACAAGGCCAAAAUCAACGUCAACCUCCUCAUCUUCCUGCUCAACAAGAAGUUUUUCAAGAAAUAACUGCCGGCACAUACAGCCGGCAACGGGAC